AAGCGCCCGAAUCGACAAUAACAAACCGAGCCGUGCGGCGAAGUCCGUGGCCCAGUCGAGCCUCGGCGCUGCUCCAGGGUCCCCCAACUGUCCGGGCCCCUCGGCUCUGCCCGGCUCCAGCCCCCGCGCCCGCCUCAGAGCCGGGGGGCCUGAUCGCGUCCUCGCCCGCUCGGCCCCUCCCGUUUGCUCGCCGCCGCCGAGUGCUGGGACGCCAAGGGUUGUGUCAGUUUUGCAGAGUCGUAUGGGCGGUUGGUAGCCGCCUCUGAGGCCGAGGCGGCGGCGGAAGAUGGUGCCGGAGGCCUCGGGCUCUGCUUUUGCAGCCCCCGGCGGAGGAGGAGGCGUUGCCGGAAAGAAUUCUGGCCCAAGAAACUUAACUGACCUGAGUUUACCAGGAGGGCCAUUCAUUUGCCAGUAUCAAGCAACGCAAACGUAAACCAGUUUUAAGAAAAGUAAUAGACCUUUUUGCAGUGCUUAAGCUGUUUCAGCGUGAAGUGUAAAUUCACAGAAUUUAGAAAAGUCAUCAUGAAGUUAUAUGUAUUUCUGGUCAAUACUGGAACUACACUAACAUUUGACACUGAACUUACAGUGCAAACUGUGGCAGACCUUAAGCAUGCCAUUCAAAAUAAAUACAAGAUUGCUAUUCAGCACCAGGUGCUUGUGGUCAAUGGAGGAGAAUGCAUGGCUGCAGAUCGAAGAGUAUGCACCUAUAGUGCUGGGACGGACACAAAUCCAAUUUUUCUUUUUAAUAAAGAAAUGUUUUUAUGUGAACGUCCUCCGGCUAUUCCUAAAACUACCUUUUCAACAGAAAAUGAUAUGGCAUUGAAAGUUGAAGAGUCUCUUAUGAUGCCUGCAGUUUUUCACACUGUAGCUUCAAGGACACAACUUGCCGUGGAGAUGUAUGAAGUUGCCAAGAAACUUUGUUCUUUUUGUGAAGGUCUGGUUCACGAUGAACAUCUUCAACACCAAGGAUGGGCUGCUAUCAUGGCCAAUUUGGAAGACUGUACAAAUUCAUACCAAAAGCUCCUUUUCAAGUUUGAAAGUAUUUAUUCAAGUUAUCUGCAAUCCAUAGAAGACAUCAAGUUAAAACUUACUCAUUUAGGAACAGCAGUUUCAGUAAUGGCCAAGAUUCCACUGUUGGAGUGCCUAACCAGACAUAGUUACAGGGAAUGUUUGGGAAGAUUGGAUUCUUUAACUGAACAUGAAGGCUCAGAAAAGGCUGAGAUGAAAAGAUCCAGUGAACUGGUGCUUUCUUCUGAUAUGCCUCGAACAACUAGCAAAUCAUUGUUAACCUCAUUUCAUACGCCAAUGGAUCAUGUUGCAUCAGAUAUUACCGAUUCUGAAAGUGGCAAAGAAAUUAGGGACUCCUGUCAGAGUACUGUCCAUCAUGAUGACAUUUCAGUAGAUACGAAAGACAGUGAGCUACCUUUUUUCAAUGUUUCUUUAUUAGACUGGAUAAAUGUUCAAGAUCGACCUAAUGAUGUGGAAUCUUUGGUCAGGAAGUGCUUUGAUUCUAUGAGCAGACUUGAUCCAAGGAUUAUUCGGCCAUUUCUAGCAGAAUGCCAUCAAACUAUUGGCACACUUGAUAAUCAGAGUAUGAAAACCAUUAAAGGGCUUGAAGAUAGGCUUUAUGCCUUGGACCAGAUGAUUGCUAGCUGUGGCAGACUGGUGAAUGAACAAAAAGAACUUGCUCAGGGAUUUUUAGCGAAUCAGAUGAGAGCUGAAAACUUGAAGGAUGCAUCUGUGUUGCCUGAUUUAUGCCUGAGUCAUGCAAAUCAGUUGAUGAUUAUGUUGCAAAACCAUAAAAAACUAUUGGAUAUUAAACAAAAGUGUACCACUGCCAAACAAGAACUUGCAAAUAACCUACAUGUUAGAUUGAAGUGGUGUUGCUUUGUAAUGCUUCAUGCUGAUCAAGAUGGGGAGAAGUUACAAGCUUUGCUUCGCCUUGUAAUAGAGUUGAUAGAAAGAGUCAAGAUUGUUGAAGCUCUUAGUACAGUUCCUCAGAUGUACUGCUUAGCUGUUGUGGAGGUUGUCAGAAGAAAAAUGUUCAUAAAACACUACAGGGAGUGGGCUGGUGCUUUAGUCAAAGAUGGAAAACAAUUAUAUGAAGCUGAAAAAUCAAAAAGAGAAUCCUUUGGGAAAUUAUUCAGGAAGUCUUUCUUAAGAAAUCGUCUCUUUCGGGGACUGGACUCCUGGCCUCCUUCCUUUUGUACUCAAAAGCCUCGAAAGUUUGAUUGUGAACUUCCAGAUAUUUCAUUAAAAGAUUUACAGUUUCUCCAAUCAUUUUGCCCUUCAGAAGUUCAGCCAUUCCUCAGGGUACCUCUACUUUGUGACUUUGAACCUCUACACCAGCAUGUUCUUGCUCUCCAUAAUUUGGUAAAAGCAGCACAAAGUUUGGAUGAAAUGUCACAGACCAUUACAGACCUUCUUAGUGAACAAAAGACCUCUACAAGUCAGGCAUCCCCACAGUCUGCUUCUUCACCAAGGAUAGAAAGCGCAACAGGAAUUACAACUACUACCUCACCAAGAACACCUCCUCCACUACCUGUUCAGGAUCCCUUAUGUCCUGCAGUAUGUCCAUUAGAAGAAUUAUCUCCUGAUAGCAUUGAUGCCCAUACAUUUGAUUUUGAAACCAUCCCCCAUCCAAACGUAGAACAAACUCUUGGCCAAGGGUCUUUAGACUUGGAUUCAUUAGCAGAAAGUCCUGAAUCUGAUUUUAUGUCUGCUGUGAAUGAGUUUGUAAUAGAAGAAAAUUUAUCCUCUCCUAAUCCGAUAAGUGAUCCACAAAGCCCAGAAAUGAUGGUGGAAUCACUUUAUUCAUCAGUUAUCAAUGCAAUAGAUAGCAGGCGUAUGCAGGAUACAAAUAUUUGUGUUAAAGAGGAUUCAGGAGACCAUGUUUCCUGUGUCCAAUUGGAAAAAUGUAGAGUUGUUGCCCAAGACUCUCACUACAGCAUACAAACUAUCAAAGAAGACCUUUGCCACUUAAGAACAUUUGUUCAAAAAGAACGGUGUGACUUCUCAAAUUCUUUCAAAUGCACAGCAGAAGAAAUAGGAAACAUUAUUGGGAAAGUAAAGUGUUCGCUCGAAAUAACACUACAAGAAAAACAUCAAAAAGAACUUCAUACUUUAAAAAACGAAUAUGAAGCUAAGCUUGAUGUGCUAAUGAAGGAGAGUGAAGAAAAUGAGAACAAAAUUAAGAAAUUGAAAGGAGACCUAGUAUGUCUUGAGGAGGUAUUGCAAAAUAAAGAUAAUGAAUUUGCAUUGGUUAAACAUGAAAAAGAAGCUGUCAUCUGCUUGCAGAACGAAAAGGACCAGAAGUUGUUAGAUAUGGAAAAUAAAAUGCACACACAAAAUCGUGAAAUUAAUGAACUGAAAGAGUCUCGCGAAAUAGUGCUUGGAGACUUAAAGAAGCUCCAUGUUGAAAAUGAUGAGAAGAUAGAGUUAUUGAGAACAGAACUUCAAAGUCUAGAGAAAAGUCAUCUGAAGGAAUUAGAGGACACUCUGCAAGUCAAACACACACACGAGUUUGAGAAAGUUAAGACAGAGCACAAGGCGUCUUUGGAAAAAUUAAAAGAGGAAAAUCAACAAAGACUUGACCAGAUACAGGAGUCGCACACAACACUUGUCCAGGAGAAAGAACAACAGCUACAGGAAUUAAAGCUCAAGGUUUCUGAUUUGUCUGACAUGAGAUGCAAGCUGGAAGUUGAACUUGCUUUGAAGGAAGCUGAAACUGAUGAAAUAAAACUUAUGCUGGAAGAAAGCAAAGCCCUGCACAAGGAGACCUUAAAAUCUUUCCUUGAACAAGAGACAGAAAAUUUGAGACUAGAGAUAAGUAACUUAAACCAAAAGAUUCAAGAAAAUAAUGAUAAUUAUCAAGUAGGUUUAGCAGAGCUAAGAACUUUAAUGACAAUUGAAAAGGAUCAGUGUAUUUCAGAGUUAAUUGGUAGACAUGAAGAGGAAUCAAAUAUGCUUAAAGCUGAAUUAAACAAAUUAACAUCUUUGUACCACCAAGCAUGUGAAAUAGAAACAAAUCUGAAAGAUCAAAUAGUUGAACUACAAAAUAAAUUGGAAUCAGAAUUGCGUACUCUUGAAAAGCAAAAAGAUGAAAAAAUGACCCAACAAGAAGAAAAAUAUGAAGCUAUUGUCCAUAAACUUGAGAAAGACAAAGAAAAAUUGGUCAUGAAUCGGGAUCAAGACAGAGAACAGUUAAUUCAUAAGCUUAAUUAUGAAAAAGAAGAGGCCAUUCAAACUGCUCUUAACGAAUUUAAAAUGGGGAGAGAUGCGGUUGAGAAAGAAUUACUAGAAAAAGUUCAACACCUUGAGACUCAAUUAGCAAAAAGUCCUGCCACUGACUCUACAAGAGAAGAGUCUUCAAGUUUAGUUUCUGAACUUCAAGAAAAACUUGAGGAAGAAAAAGCUAAAUUUCUAGAACAACUUGAAGAACAAGAGAAAAAAAAGAAUGAAGAAAUGCAAAAUGUUCGAACAUCUUUGAUUGCUGAACAACAGACAAAUUUUAAUACUGUUUUAACAAGAGAGAAAAUGAAAAAAGAAAACAUAAUAAAUGACCUAAGUGAUAAGUUGAAAAGUACAAUACAGCAACAAGAGCGAGAUAAAGAUUUAAUAGAGUCACUCUCUGAAGAUCGAGCUCGAUUGCUUGAAGAAAAGAAAAAGCUUGAAGAAGAAGUGAGUAAGUUGCGUGGGAGCAGCUUUGUUCCUUCAGCUUACGUAGUUGCAGCCCCAGAACUUUAUGGGGCUUGUGCCCCUGAACUCCCUGGUGAAAUGGAGAGAUCCACGAUGGAAACAGCUGAGGAUGGGAGAGUGGAUUCAGCAAUGGACACAAGCAUGAUGUCUGUACAAGAAAAUGUCCAUUUGCUGUCUGAAGAAAAACAGAGGAUAAUGCUGUUAGAACGGACAUUGCAGUUGAAAGAAGAAGAAAAUAAGCGAUUAAAUCAAAGACUUAUGUCACAGAGCAUGUCUUCAGUAUCUUCAAGGCAUUCUGAAAAAAUAGCUAUUCGAGAUUUUCAGGUGGGAGAUUUGGUGCUCAUCAUCCUAGAUGAACGCCACGACAAUUAUGUGUUAUUUACCGUUAGUCCCACUUUGUACUUCCUGCAUUCAGAGUCUCUGCCUGGCCUGGAUCUCAAACCAGGUGAGGGUGCUUCAGGUGGAUCUAGAAGACCCUGGGUACUUGGAAAAGUAAUGGAAAAGGAAUACUGUCAGGCCAAGAAGGCACAAAACCGAUUUAAAGUUCCUUUGGGGACAAAGUUUUAUAGAGUGAAAGCAGUGUCCUGGAAUAAGAAAGUAUAACACGAAGCAGAAACGAGCACCUGUGGGAUUUCCCUGACCUAGCCAACAGUGCGCAUUCAUCACCCCCAAACCAGAAGGCCAUCUUUUCCUACAGAGUCGGCGCGACUUAGAGUUUCCACUGGCUACAUUCUAGGAACAAUAAAUUCAUCAUGAAAACCCCUGGCUGAAUUAAAAUAGUUUUGUGUUUGUUUGUUUAUACCACCAUAACUCUAGAAAUGCGGACCAAACUAGUUCAUUUUCUCAAAGGGCAUAUCCUGUGCAUUGUGGCUUACAAUUAGCCAAAUUAAUUGCCUGUUAAAUAUAUAUUAGCUUGAACUUAGAUGUUAAAUGUUAGUAUUACUACCAGCAUUUGUCCUUUUGUGAAAGCAGUAUCAGAUACUUGUACUCUUCAACACAGCCUUUAUAAAAUGUAUAAAUUCUUCAGAACUAUUUAAAGAGUAUUAUUGCAUGCAGAUCAUCAUACUUUUGGGUUUGCCUCUGUAGAUUAUUAAAGCCCAUUGUUUCAUUUAUUUUCUUUCAAAUGCCCUUUGAUGUUUCAAGAAAAAACUAAAGCAAUUCUUAUCUGAUUGACUGAUUUUUAAGGUCAGACAUAAGUUUAUCAGGAAUCUUUAAAACAUUUUCAGCGAUUGGUCUUCUGAGCUCUAAAGGGAAGAAUCUGCCAUUGACUCUCUCAAAUGAAGCCCUCAAGCCUUCCCUACUUUAUUACUAUGUUUAGAAUAAUCAUAUUGAUGAAAUCAUAAUUCAUGAUUGACUUUCAAAAAAAAGGAACUGUUCAUUGUACAUUAACCAUAUAGAGGUCAUUUAAAUAAAAUAUUGUAUUGUAAAAGACAUGUAGAAUUUUAAAACAAUAAAGAUUUGAACCUGUAAAUGUGUGUGCCUUUUAAAGAAGGAUACAUUCUAAAUAAAUUUGAGUGGCUGCUUAAAAGUGACGAAAAUUGUUCUGUAUCAUGUCAGAGAGAAAGAAACAUGUUUAUUACAAAUGUUCUUUAAGUAUAUACUGUGUAACAGGGUAAAGCUGUUUAUUUUAAUAGAAUUGUAUAAAUUAGAUCUGUAGAGAAGCCAUUGACCACAAGGGCAUUUAAAUAAAUUAGUUGAGUUAAGACAGCUCAAGUUUGUUGCUCACAAACAAUGAGACACUUCUUUUUUCCGAAAAUAAUGCUUCCCCCCCCCCCAAAAAAAAAUAAGUUAAAUAUUUUUUUAAAUAUGUAUAUCUGGUAUUACAGAAAUUGGAACAGUGUAUAGAAAACUGAAUUUGACAACAUUCAUGAAUAAAUGAGCAAAUGAUUUCAUGUUUAUAUUUAAUCCUUCUAUGAUGGCAUCUUCAUGCAAAAGAUUAAAAGGCAAUAAAUUAUAUGCAGACUGUUUUUGUUUAAGCAGAUUUGGUUGGGUCUUAUUGAAUCUACCAGAUCAGCCAUUUUAACUUAGCUGCAGGCCUUAAAAUAUAAUAUGGUCAUUGUGCUGUGGAUUAUGGCAACAUAUCUAUCGUGUCACUAGUGUUGUUCCUUAAUGUUGGGUUUUGUUGCAUCUACUUGUUUUAAAUAUCCUGUUUUAUAAUAACCCCAUUACUUGUGAAUACCUUUACAAAUGAAAUUUUCUAAAGAAAAAUGAAGCACGGACAUCAGAACUCUAUGAUUGGAUGAUUAAAGGCAAUGCACAUGAGCCUCUGAGUUGGGAUGCCUGAGUUCUAUUUCCAGAUCUAACUAUGGGCAAGGUGCAUGAACUUUUCUCAUUUAUUAAAUGCAGUAAAUAAGGCCUCAGGAUUAUUUGGAAGAUUAUGUGAGAAUUUCAAAUUCAAAGUAUUUGGACAAUGUUAAGAUGUUGCUAAUCAAUAUAACUAAGCCUAUUCCACUCCAUAAAACGUGGUUUUCCUUAUUACACAAAUGUUUCAUUGUACUUGAAGUAAAUUUAAUGCAUAUGUGAAUUAUAUAGUUUUAUUUAUUUUGGCAAAUGUACCUGGAUGUCCUUAGAACAGAAUAAGGAAAAACCAUAAACUUUCCCUUUUUAAAAUUUCUUUAAAUUAUCAAAUUACGUUGAUACCUCUGUUGGCAAAUGGUUCCAAAUUUGUAUUUGAACCCUGAAAAUUUCAAGAACUGAACAUUUUUCCCAUAAGAAAAGAAGGAAAACCAAAUAAUUGGUUCUGAGGCUCCCCAAAUUACACUUACAAAUUCAUUUUUCCAGGACUUUAAAAUCACUAUUUAGGCUUUGAGCUUUCACACAGCACUCCCUGUCUCAGAUACGUUAUUGCAUUGAGUUGUUUCUGAUUUAUCCAAAUUAACAGUAACUCCAACCUCUUUAAUGGUCUGGGUUCUUUGUUUUGUGGUUAAUGAUUUCAAACCUUUCUCUACAUUAGCAGAUUUAAUCACAUUUUUUUUUCUCUAAAAAAUGUUGAUAAUGCCAAUUUAACCAUGUAUUCAGCCACCGAACCUACAAGUGGUGACUUUAUUCACAUUUCGCAGUGAUUUCUGUAACUCAUGGUUCUCAGCUUUCCCACUAUUCACACUAAUUUUGUUUAGAGCUAUGGUUAUGUUUUAUGCAAAUAAAAUCACACACAAAGCACAA